GGAGAAACGAGAGAGCAUGUGGAAAGAACGGGAGGGAAGUUUUGUCCCUGUCCUGAGAUUUCAGCCCCUCCAUUGAGAAAGGGUUGAGGAAGCCAGAGUUUGUGUGUGUGUGUGUGAGAGAGAAGACGCUCCUGCAGGGUACGGGGUUUUGCAGAGAGCGGGUUAAUGGAAAUCUCUCCCUAUUGUGCAAAGGAGCGGUGGAAUUCAUUGUGUCCUGUUGGAGGUGGGGUUUUCUUUCUGCUGGGAGGGUCGGAUGUGCAAUUACCUUGAGAAAGUGGAGCGGAGUUGGAGACCCCCAGAUGGGGCUGCUUCUGGGAUGGAGCCUGGUUUUUGAAAGCUGCCAGCCCCUCCAGCCAUACCCGCACCCCUUGCGAAAGCCAGACGAGAAAGCCGCCGUGCCAAAUGUUGACCUGCGACCUUAAGGAGCAAGCUCUGGCUUGGGUUCCAUCCCUGUGACCCCCCCCCCUCCACCCCCUCCCCAUCUUUUCUAUGGACGUGAGAAGCCAGAGGGGGAUUUGACUGUACUGAACGCCAGGAGGAAGUAUCCCAGAGUGACCAAUACUUCUCUCAGCAAGGGGGGAAAACUGUGUGACUUCCAAAAAUGUGUCCUUUAUAAAGAGAGAGAGAGAGAGAAACCCUGGCUGGCUGGGUCAAAAAAGUAGCAAUGAGCUUUUCUGUCUUUCUCUCUGUGUCUCUCUGUCUCUGAAGAACAGAGAUUUGCCAGAAUAACCACUUGCUUGGGAAGACUUGGUGGGGGUUUGGUGGCCCCACCCUGGGUGACUUUGGAUGCGAUGGAGAUCCAUGCUCUGACCUUGUCCUUCAUCUUUGUGCUGAAGCUGCCCUCAGCCGCCCACGGGAACAAGUUGCUACCGCACAUGCCAAAUGUCUGUGCUGAGCAAGAGCUUGCAAUGGUGGGCCGGCGGCAGCCACGCGUUCAAGCCUUUUCUCAAUUGGUCAAAGCAUGGAAGCCAGGCUGCGGAGGGCAGCCCUGGUGCAUGGGCUACGAACGGAGGACAGUGUAUUAUGUGGAAAACAGGCAAGUGUAUAGCAUGCAGUACCAGACUGUGUACAGAUGUUGUUCGGGAUGGUCUCAACUUGGCGGAGACUCCGGCUGCCGUUACCCCGUCUGCAGCUUUGGUGUAUGUUUCAAUGGUGGGAAUUGCGUGGAAGGAGCUCCACAGAUCUGCCACUGCCCGGCUGGUUUCCAGGGCCCCUGUUGCCAAUAUGAUGUGAAUGAGUGUGAAGCCAGGAACGGAGGCUGCGAAUCCCAGUGCUGCAACACCAUUGGAAGCUUCUACUGCAAGUGUCCUGGGGGGUCAAGACUGAAGGACGAUGGGAAAACAUGUGAAGAUGUUGACGAGUGCCAAGUUCACAACGGGGGCUGCCAGCACAGAUGUGUGAACACUCUGGGGUCCUAUUAUUGCGAGUGCAAGCCAGGAUCGCGCCUUCACACAGAUGGCAGGACCUGUCUCGUAAGAAACCCAUGCGCUGACCGGAAUGGAGGCUGUAUGCACAAAUGCCAGAAUCGCCGUGGGGUGGCACAUUGCGAUUGCCACCCUGGAUACAGGCUGGGGCAUGACCACAAAGCGUGUGAAGAUAUAAAUGAAUGCGUGUCUGGGCUGGCCACAUGUGCACAUGGUUGCUUGAACACCCGCGGUUCCUUUAAAUGCACAUGCUAUCCAGGUUACGAGCUAGGGGCGGAUGGCAAGCAGUGUUACCGGAUAGAAAUGGAAAUCGUGAACAGCUGCGAGACUGACAAUGGUGGUUGCUCCCACAUUUGCCAUCAUACAAGUUCUGGCCCCGUCUGUGCCUGUAACCUGGGGCACCAGUUGGAUGAAGACCAGAAAACUUGCAUUGAUACAGACGAAUGCAGUGCCGGUUCUCACUGCUGCCAGCAGGAAUGUCAUAAUUACCCUGGAGGGUACGAGUGCAUUUGCUAUGCCGGCUACCGACUGAGCACGGAUGGCUGCAGCUGUGACGAUGUGGACGAAUGCUCUUCAAAUAAUGCUGGAUGCGAGCACUCAUGCCAGAACUUGGUGGGUUCCUAUCAGUGCAGCUGUCAGACUGGAUACAAACUGGAAGACGACCGAAGGAGCUGCAGUUUGCUUGAAGAAUCAGUAGAAGCCCUGGACGGUCGCCGCCCUGUCAUUCGGCCCCUCCCCCACGUGGCUAUCCUGCGAGAUGAACUGACCCAGCUCUUUGAGGAUGAGUACGAUGAGGAAGAGGAAGAGGCAGAAGCCAGAGGGGAGCACACCCUGUCUGAGAAAUUCAUCUGCUUGGAUGACACUUUCGGCCACGAUUGUAGCCUAACCUGUGAUGACUGUCAGAAUGGAGGUAUAUGCAACGAGGACCAGACCGGCUGUGACUGUACCGAUGGUUGGAGUGGAAUUCUCUGCAACUAUACCUGUCCAGAGGGCACAUUUGGCAAGAACUGCAGCUUUACCUGCCUCUGCCAAAAUGGAGGCACGUGUGAUCCAGUAACAGGAGCCUGCCGCUGCCCACCUGGAGUCAGUGGAGCGCUGUGUGAGGAUGGAUGCCCGAAAGGAUUUUUUGGGAAGCACUGCAGGAAGAGAUGCAACUGUGCCAACCGGGGCCGCUGUCACCGGAUUUACGGGGCCUGCCUCUGCGACCUUGGCUUGUAUGGGCGAUACUGUCAUCUAGCUUGUCCCAAGUGGGCGUAUGGUGCAGGCUGCUCCGAGGAAUGCCAGUGCGUGCAACAGAACACCCAAGAGUGUGACAAAAAAGAUGGCACCUGCUUGUGUAAACCUGGUUACCAUGGUAGAACAUGCCAGUCAAAGUGCCCUUCAGGCCACUAUGGUGCUGGAUGCAGAAGGAAAUGUGAUUGCCCAUCUGGAGGUCCUUGUGACCAUGUGAGUGGCGAGUGUCAGACAGAAUGUGCACCCGGCUACCAUGGGGAGAACUGCAGUCACGAAUGUACCGGAGGGAAAUACGGGGUGAACUGUCUGAAGACCUGUUCCUGUCAUGGCUCGCCAUGUGACCGGUUCACGGGGAAAUGCCAGUGUGGGGCUGGGAAGACCGGAGUGGACUGUGGCCAAGAUUGCCCGGAAGGUCACUGGGGACGAGGAUGCCAGGAAAUCUGCCCAGAGUGUGCAAAUAGAGGUCGCUGUGACCCUACCACAGGUGUUUGCAUCUGCCGUCCUGGAUACACUGGCAGCCGCUGCCAAGACAUGUGCUCCCCUGGCUGGUUUGGGCAAGAUUGCCAAAUGCGUUGCAACUGCGGGAAUGAAGGCUACUGUCACCCCGAGCUUGGGAAGUGCAGCUGUGCUCCGGGCUGGACUGGCUACAACUGCCAAAGAGCCUGUGACGUCGGCCGUUGGGGUCCUGACUGCAUUAACACAUGCAACUGCAGCAAUGGUGAUUGGAGCUGCAACCCUGUGACGGGACAGUGUGUCUGUGAAGCUGGCUACACGGGGGCCCGUUGUGAUCAGAAGUGCCCAGAAGGGAACUUUGGCCCAAACUGCCGCCACCGGUGCCAAUGCGAUAACGGAGCCGCUUGCGACCACGUCAGUGGGGCCUGCACUUGCGCUCCUGGCUGGAGGGGGACCUUUUGCGAGCGCCCCUGUCCAGACGGGUUUUACGGGGUGGAAUGCCGGGAGGCCUGCCAGUGCCUGAAUGGAGCCCGCUGUGACCCCCUGAUGGGGCUCUGCAUCUGUCCUGCUGGCUGGAUCGGCCCAAACUGCAACCAAACUUGCCCACCUCACUGGUAUGGAGAAAACUGCAGCCAGGAAUGCAGCUGCUUUAAUGGUGCCACCUGCGACCAUAUCAGUGGCCAGUGUCUCUGCGCACCUGGAUGGACGGGAGCUGCCUGCAAGCAAGGGUGUCCGGAUGGCUUCUACGGAAUAAGUUGCCAGCAGCAGUGUCUGUGUCAAAAUGGUGGAACGUGUGAUCCUGAAACUGGGUGGUGCAGGUGCCCUGAAGGAUGGAUUGGAUUGGCCUGUGAGCUAGAGUGCGCCCAAGGAAAAUACGGGAUGGACUGCGAUCAAAGUUGCAGCUGCCAGAAUGGAGGGCUAUGCGAGCCACAGACGGGGCGUUGCCUUUGCCGCACAGGCUGGACAGGAGAGAGGUGUCAAAGUUCUUGCCCAGAGGGGACUUAUGGGGACCAGUGUGGCAAGAGGUGUGACUGCGAGAGUGGCAUCUCGUGCCAUCAUAUCACAGGUGCUUGCGACUGCCCACCAGGUUGGAGAGGACGUCAUUGUGAAAAAGCCUGCCUGCCCGGUUCCUUCGGGAAAGACUGUGCCUCCAGCUGCAACUGUGCUCCGGGACGACCCUGCAACCACAUCACGGGCGAGUGUGGCUGCCCGCCGGGAUUCAUGGGCCACGGAUGCGAGCAAACCUGUCUGCCGGGGACUUUUGGGCCAAACUGUGGCCGGAUUUGCCGAUGUGCAGGAGUGAACCAUGACUGCCACCCAGUGACCGGGGAGUGUAUCUGCGCAUCGGGAUUCUUCGGCAGUGGUUGCCGGCAAAGGUGCCCUUCCGGGCGCUACGGCCCAAACUGCAACAAGCAAUGCAGCUGCAAGAAUGGGGGGCAUUGUGAGACCACCACAGGGAUGUGCCGGUGUCCUGUGGGGUACGUGGGGUCUGACUGCAGUACCGCUUGCCCAGCUGGUCAUUACGGCAUUGACUGUGCGCUCGUGUGCUCCUGUGGGGAUGGUGCCGCCUGUCAUCCCGUGACCGGUUCCUGUUCUUGCCCGCCGGGGAGAACCGGCCCUAGCUGCAAGCAGGGUUGUCAGAAGAAUCAGUACGGGGCUGACUGUCAGCAGAAAUGUGCCUGCCGUAAUGGGGGAAUCUGCCUCUCAACCAAUGGCUCCUGCUGGUGUGGACUGGGGUGGACAGGGAGAUUUUGUGAACUUGGAUGCCCCCCAGGGAAGUAUGGAGCUGACUGCCAGCUGAGCUGUCCCUGCCAAAAUAACAUGACCUGUGAUCCAGUGACGGGAGCGUGUCACUGUGACAAAGGCCGCUACGGGACCUUGUGUGAACACUCCUGCCCAGCUGGUUUCCAUGGAGCUGGCUGUCAGGGUGUGUGUGAUUGUCAGAACGGAGCAACGUGUAACCCCGUGACCGGUGAAUGCGUUUGUCCUCCUGGCUUCUACGGCGACCAAUGUCAGACAGGCUGUGAAGAGGGGAAAUUUGGCGAAAAAUGCCAGCAUCGGUGUGGCUGUGGAAACGGCACGCGGUGUGAGCCAGCCACCGGGCGGUGCCUGUGUCCUCCAGGGAAAACCGGCAGCAAGUGUGACGUGGACUGCCCGCUGCAGAAAUUUGGCCCUCACUGUGCUCUGUCCUGCGAAUGCUCUGUGACCAAUGCUUAUUGCAACACCCGAAACGGACAAUGCGUCUGCCUUAAUGGAUAUAUAGGGACGAAGUGUCGAGAAGGCGGGCCACCUCAGCUGCUUACUACCAUGAGACAACAGGUGGAACCAUUUGUACCGCCUCGGAUUUCCUAUCGGUCUUCUUCCAGACUUGCCUUGCCCUUUGCGAAGCAUUAAGUCUUGUCCUCGUCUUCUCCAAGGAGAACAUGGUCUCGUAUGACCGAACAUGGUUUGCAAAAAAGGCCUGUGUCUGUCUCUGUGCGAGCUCACAGCCCCAAAUUCUCACCAAACUAUAAAACUGUGAUUGAUUUGUGAAGGGGAAGUGUGUGCAUCUUGAACCAGCGGGUGAGCCAGCAUGUAUUUGUCUCCAGGCCAAAACAACAAGGGAAGCCCAGCCUCGCCUCCCCGCACGCGCAGAAGCAGUUUGUAAGUACACGUAGCCAUUCGCUGCUCUGGACUUUUGGAAUGCAGCAUGUAACUAUGAUACAUUUUUGGUCCUUUUGAAAUAUCAGUAGUUAAAUUUUGUAUUUAUGUACAGAUAUUUAUUGGCAGGUGUAUAUAUGUGGUGUGUGCUACUCCAAAAGCCCUAUGGGACUGAGUAUCUCUGGAGGAAAGCAAAAGGAAAAAAACCAACUGGACUUGUGAACCGUUUGACUCAGAGCCUGAGAAUGGCGCAACCUGGUAGCCUGGAGAAAGUACUGUUAAAAUAGCACAUUUCAGAAGGGGGCUUCAUUGGGUCCCCGUAGGCCUAAGUGGGCAAAAGGCAACACCUAAAAAGUAAGGAAGGCUUUGCUACUUUGCAUGCCAUUUCUGUGACAGAAUCUCUGUCUAGAAACUCACGCAGCAACGGAGAAUCAUGCCAGAAAUGUAGCUUGGGGGCUUGCCUCGGGUCGGAAACCAUUUCGUACCUCACAGACGGGUGUUUGGCAGCUGCCCUACCCAGCCAGGGGCACAGCUUUUUGCCCAGUGAAUAAUUCACAUCAAUUCAGAUGUUUACAGCGGUGUGACCUCUUUUGUUGACACAGGACCAAUUUUGUAUUCUGAGCAGAAGGCAGCUGGACUGCUCAACACUCUUGGACCUGUCCCACCAGCUGUUAGAGACUAGUGGGGGGGGGGGGUCUUGUGAUUGGAACACACACAGAGCUCUCAUGUUCCCUAAGGCAGCUCUAGGGGAAAAGAACAAGGGAACGAGGGAAAAAAAGUCUUCCAACCUGUGUCCCUGUUUUAGAACUUAUGGCUUUGUGCUUUUGAAUGCAGCCACCAAAAAAUAGAAAAUUACGUUUGCAGUAGUCGUCCUCAACCAGCACAGUUCUAAUGGAUUCUAUAGACUGCACAGCACAGAUAUGAAAGAACCACUAGGAUAAGCCAGCCUAAAGAAUACUAUAGGAAUCAGGGGCGUACCGCCCAGGGGGACAUGUCGGGUCAACUGUCCCCGGGCUGUGGCCAUCUAGUCACGUGGAGUGUGGAAAAUCGCCCCCAUACCCCUCCUCCUUCCCCUUGGGUCCAUACACUGAU